AUGAGUACCCGCCCGCAGCGGCCAAAGCUUGCAUACUGCCUGGAUAAGGAGGCGAACUUCUGGAAAAACGGUUUUGGGGAGCGACCAAUCCUGGAAGGGCGAAUGCCGUUAAGUGAUUCGGUCCCCUGCAGUGGAGGUGCUGCGGUCUGCUUCUGGGAAGGGCGGGAGGCGCUGGGCCGAUGCCUGGCCCUAGUGCAGCGGCCCACACACACAAGAGAAAUGUACUCACCGCUGUGCUCGGCCAUCAGUGCCCACGGAGUGCACCCAAGUGCAUCAGUCAGGAUUACGGGUGUGAACUGUGACUGUGACUAUCCCCUGGUUCUGCGCUGGCGCCACGGGGAGUGGAGCGGGAGCUCGCCGGCGCGGGCGCUCGUCCCGCUGUCCUCAAGGCUCGGCCAUUGA